CUGGUCCGCGUAUUUCAACAACAACAGAGUUCUCUAUAUAUUCACAAUUUCUUUAAUACAAAGCGCAUAGCGCUCCUGGCAUGCUAAUAGCAGAUGCGGACGUCAUUGAGACUACUCGCGGCCAUUGCCCGCGACCAACCGUCAAAGUUGAGGAAGCCGGUUGUUAGCUUCGACCAUUUCAUCCAAAGACAACGAGUCUUGGGCUUAUGGAGAGAAAUCGUCAGAGCUCUGAAUAAAAUCCCCAACUCGCCAACAAAGGUUGAAUUACGAAACUAUGCUCGCGAGGAGUUUGAGCGCCACCGCAAGGUAACCGACUUGCAACAUAUACGGUAUCUACAUUCGGUAAGAAUUGCAUUUUCUGUUUUUCUUUCUCGCAUUAUCUGAUAUCUGACACUUGACAGACUGGCAAGUCGGAGUUUCAGACCAUGAGACGGUAUAUCGAUGAAUUGGUGGGUUAACACCAAGAAGUUUAUGCCUCAAGUACCUUAUAGUCCAUAAAAAAUGGCAGAAACAUCAGAAAUAUCCUGCCAAAACAUGUAUAUAUGUACUUAUAUGAAUGGAUUUCUUCAGAACCACUGUA